AUGCGUCUUCUACCCUCACUGCUCCUGGCCUCGGCGGCUCAAGCUAGCCCCCUCGCCGAGUCACAGCAAAACCGCCUGAAAUGGUUUCCUUGCGAGAUUGCCAAUGCUACAGUCCCUAUGGAAUGCGGAACACUGGCGGUGCCUCUUGAUUACACGAACAAAACGGCCAAUGCCACCCUCCAGCUACAGCUGCAACGAGCCCCAGCGAAGCAAAAGAGCAAAAGCACAAAGAGUAUCUUGCUUAACUUUGGAGGACCUGGUGCCGAUGGCGUCGAGGACUUUGCAUAUUUUGCCAAGAGGAUGCAGGCAGGAACCGGGAAAACCCUGCCGUUUUCCUGUUUUGGGAACGAUCUCCUCCGCACUGCAUCAAACCAAGCCCUCGCAGGUAACGCGUCCAAUGUUGCCCUGGGUUACGUCUGGCAGAGAGCUGGUUUCUUCGCCUCCGACUGCCAUGCCGCUCAGACCAACACGGGCAAUCUCAUUGGAACUGCCUUUGUGGUUCGUGACAUGAUGCAGAUUGUAGACGCUCUGGGUGAAGACGGGAUGCUCCGAUUCUGGGGCGUCUCGUAUGGCUCACUGCUUGGCUCAACCGCCGUGGCCAUGUUCCCCGACAAGGUUGACAAAAUUAUCCUGGAUGGUGUUGCUAACCCAUUUGAGGAGACGGAACUCUUUGCCGACAGUGAUAAUGUCAUGAAGGGUUUCGUCAAAGGCUGUAUUGCCAACCCUGAGGCGUGUGUACUCGCAAAGAACCAGACAGCCGCUCAACUUGAGGAGUCCAUCUACCAACUUUUCCAGAAGCUCAAGUCUGAACCCAUUGGCGUUCCGGUGCCUGGCUAUCCAGGAGGUGGACUCCUCGUCGACUACAGCUUCGUGUCCGCCGUGCUAUUCCGCCAGCUAUACACACCUUUCAUAUGGCAGUACACGGCAAAGUGUAUUGCAGCCCUAAUGACUGGCGAGAGCACGGAUCCCGGCCUACAGCACUGCGUGCCCGGUCUCACACAAACGACGGCCGCCGAGGCAUCGGCCAAAGCUGACCAAGAAGCGCAGUUCGGCAUCAAGUGCAGCGAUGUCCGAGUCCGCACGACAAACUUGACUCAGGUGCUUCCUGUGCUCGAAGAACGUCGCAAGAAGAGCCGCUUCUUUGGAGACCACGCCGACACUGUUCUUGCCAAGUGCGCUCACUGGACAAUGCCAGCCAAGGAGCGCUACAUGGGCGACUUUAACGUCAGUUCCAAGAAUCCCGUGUUGAUUAUCGGCAAUACCAAUGAUCCCGUCACACCCCUGGUUUCCGCAAGGAAUGUCAGCGAGACGUUCAAGGGGAGUGUGCUGUUGCAGCAUGACUCAUAUGGGCAUGAUAGUUUAAUGCAAGCAUCUCUGUGUACGGCCAAGGCUAUUCGCUCGUAUGUUGUCAAUGGGACGAUGCCCAAGAAGGGAACAAAGUGUGGUGUCAAGGUCCCUUUGUUUUCAGGCGAGGAUGGCUGGGAUGAGGUGAUUGAGCAGCUGGAGAGGAGCUAG